CGUCAGGCCCUUCCUGCCAACCGUCGGCCCCCUCGGUUGCCCUGGCGACGGCGCGACCCGCAUUUUUUGAAUCUGGCCCCAGCUCGCGCAUUGUUCGGCAGCCAUUAGCUUAGUUUCUGAAACUUGUUAAAUCGCAGCAGCAAUGACUGGGAGACCACAUGGAGCUGCCAGACGGAGGGGACAACCAGCAAGGAGGAGAUCACCAUUGAGAACACCCCCUGUACAGUCACCACAACGGAGGCGGUCGCCUGCAAGGGCAUCUCCUGUACGACCGCCUCGUGGGAGGAGGACACUAACGACUCCCCGAAGGAGAUCCCCGAUUAUCCCGGGUCGCAGACCAAGAGAUCAGCCACCUGUUGCUCGGAGAAGGUUCCGCCCAGGCACCAGAGCCUUAAUGGAGAUCCGCAAAUAUCAGAAAUCCACUGAUCUGCUUAUCCGCAAGCUACCGUUUAGCAGACUGGUUCGUGAAGUGGCGAGUCGUUUUACCAGGGGCGUUGACUUCAACUGGCAAGCUAAUGCUUUGCUGGCAUUGCAGGAGGCAGCUGAGGCUUUUCUGGUUUUGCUUCUGGAGGACGCCUUCCUCUGUACCCUGCACGCCAAGAGAGUCACUUUGUUCCCCAAGGAUGUGCAGUUGGCCCGCAGGAUACGGGGCAUCCAGGAAGGUCUGGGCUAAAGGAACAAGUGAAAGUUACCCACUCCUUUCUGUUGGUGAUGUAUAAUCACCUAAAGAAAAUGACAGAGGGCUACGAUGGCUAUGGCCUGGCACUGACAUCUGCUUAGAGAUGCCACCACACAUUUCUCGACACAAGAGCCCGUCACAUUAUUGUAGCGUAGCAAUUUUAGUUCUGCUUUUAAGUCAAAACCUUGUUCUAUGCCUUUGAAAUUUUAAGUUUCUUUUGUGCUUUUAUACUUUUACACGUGUCGGAUUGCGCUUUCAGUUGGGGAGCAGCUAAUUUGUCAUUUUUUAUAGCAUCAACUGUCAAUCUGUAAUGCUGACUCUCUGCUCUGUUUCCUGGUAUCCACACACAUACACACACACACACCCAGGUUUGUUUUUUUUUAACCUGGCAGCUUUACCCAUCGCAUCCCAUGUUACAUCUCACUUGCCAACUGGAUGAGGGGUUGGUGGUUGCCUGAGUACAGGCUGGGUGAUUGACAUCAGAGAUUAGGGUCAAGCCGAAAUGAGGACUGACUACUGUGCCAAGAGAUCAGGAUCAUGACGGCCAGAAUUGCACUGUCCGAGCUAUUGAAUUCAAGCCAACAUCAGUGCUGCACUCCUGCAUCUCUUACACUAUGUGCACCAGCUGCUUUUAACUGCCUGGCCUAUGUGUGCAAAACAGAUUUUUUAAAUUUUAAAAGUUCAUCAGAAAGCUGUCUCUAUUUGUUGUUUCAGUGGGUUCGGUGCAAGUCUCGGUGCCUUGAAUUGGCCUAUGCCUUCCUGUGAAAGGUGACAUCAGGGAGAUUCCAGACAUAAACUCCACCUGAGUUACUCAUGUCAGCCAGUGGUUCCCUAGUGGCAUCUCUUACCCUUCACAAAGUUCUAUGCCUAAAGGGCUGAAUGUCUCUUCAUUGGUGAGUACUGAUGAUUUGGAUGAGGUAGGGUUGAGGGGACUGGGAAUCAUUGAUCUCCAGGGUGCUGUCAGUCUUCCUGCUCCUCUCACUGGAAGACUGGAAAAUCUCUGUGGUGUCUUUCUCCACCAGUUUCUGCAGAGGUUGAAGUUCCAUUGCUUGAACAGUUUAAGGAAGAUUCUCAUGGUGGGAGGAGAAAAGACCUCUGACCUGACCUGAACUGAAACAAGCAACCUACUUGGAGAGGGAAGAGGCAAUGACCUGUGCUUGCCUCACUACGAGCCCUGUUUUAUUACCCUAGGCUGGAGGACAGGAGAGAACUCAGACUCAGAAGGAUCUGCCAGGCCUGGCUCUUACCUGGCAUCCAUGAUACCCCUAAGGCUUGUCUUUUGUCUGCCAGCUAUGGGACUGCACCCAUUGUCGAAUAAAGAAGAACAUAAACUGAACCUAAACCAUGAGGAUAAUUAGUGAAAUAGUACAUAUUUUGCAGCUGUUUUAAUUUGAAAGAAUAAAGCUGAUUGGUAGGGGUGGAAGGAAUCCUUCUCUCUUCCCACCUGGUCAAAUAGGGUUUCCUGAAAGUGUUGAUUACCCAAAAAUGAAGUAUUUUUGAAUUUUAGCUAAAUGUGCCUUUUAUAUUUUGUGAUCAGUGUUUUAUUCAACUCUUUUUUAAAGCAUAUAUGAAAUUUUAUAAUUAUUUAGUCCUCUCUUCAAGUCAUUGCCUUAACCAAGCAAUCUCAUUACAACUUCUCUGCUUUGCUGAAAAACUGUCUUAAAUUUUGUUGUCUGUCGUUGGAAAGUUGGUCUUGACCAUGCCUGGGUUUAUCAUUUUGAUUGGCACCGUAAAUUUCUUGAAGGGGCAGACCCAAUGAGAUUUGUCAGCCAAUCAGGUAGAAUCACCAAAGAUGAUGAGUAUAGGAGGCCUGGAGGAGAGGAAGUAUUUAAAUUAUAUUUCCUCCCCUGUCCUAUUGGGUACCACUGAUGUGAUCUCCCUGGCCAGUUUCUGUGACUCAGACCACCCACAGAUAAUUAGUUCAGUUUUGUUCUUAAAUAAUGGUGGUUUUAAAGAAAAUCAUUACUGAAUAUUAUCAUUGCUGUGCUACCAGUACCUUGUUAAAUGGACGAUUACAGGCACAAGCAGCAGGCUUUGCCUGUCUAACCAUCGUAUAUAUGUCCAUUUAUCAAUUUUAUAUGCAAUCUUGUAAUUAUGUGAAGUUUCUGAAGACUCCUAUGCGAUUUUGACAUGCAAAGCCUUAUUGUAAUCUGGGACAGUGAGGAGCAAGACAGCUUCUCUUUUUUUUUAAACAGAACAAUCUUUAGGAAAUUAUGCCAUUGACCCUGCAGCACACUUCGUCAGGCUAAUACUUGUUUCCUACUCACUCCCAUCAUAAUUCCAAGGGAGCUCCCAGCAACCUGAGGGUUUAAUUAAUGAUUUUCAAAUUCCCAAUACUUACAUGUUCUUUUUUUCAAUUGUUACAUAAGAUUUUCCUUUUAUUAGUUUUAGUUUUUGCAUUGAGAUUCUGCUAAUCACAUCAUGAUUCUAAACCCUUUCUAGUUUUCCCAGAGGGGUAAAAUGUGGCCUUUCUUCAACACAACUGCCUCUGAACCCCUCAACCCCACUAACUUUUCAAAUUGAACCAUUCCCUGUGGGAGUUCCUGAUGAUGGAGGAGACUGUUCAGCCCAUCCAUACAUGUGUCAGAUGUUUGAAAAAGCUCUUCAUUUAGUCCCAUUCCCUAUUUCCAUCACUCCCAGUCCCUACACGCUUUUUGCUAAAACCCUUAAAACGUCUUCCGUUCAAGUUUAUUUUCUCCUUGGAGAGCUGGUUGCAGAAACUGAUUCCUGAUAUAUCUUUAUGUUGUCUCUGCAUACAGUUAUAAUGCAAACACUUCACACACGAGUGUUUUCUUUAUGUAAGGUCACAAUUAGCAUUGACCGACAGGGCUCCUCUUUUGUGUUCACUCUUGCGCUGUCAGCUGAGAAACACUGAUGGUGUGACGGGAAAAGGGUGAAUUGGACAAGACCAGACAAGGCUUGAGGUUGUACAAAAAAGCACUUGAAAGUUUAGAAAGUGACCUGUCUGUAACAGCUGGGUGACCUUGAGCAAAAGACCGCUUACCUCAACCCACAAGAAUGGGAAGUGGGAAUGUUAUUCAUGUACUAGAGAAGAUUCAGUGUACAAUCCUGCUUUGAAAUAUUUCCCAAGGACUUCAGUUUGUAAAUAGAGUUUAAAGAAAAAUUGUUUUGACAAGUGAAUUUGGUGCGGGCGAGAAGGGGGUGUUGUUUUUGUGUUUUCUAACUGUGAUGAACAAUGCAAUAAAAUAAUUUCAUCAU